CAGCAGGAACGCGGGUGUAUAUAUAGAGCAGAACAAACCAUCCCCCUCGCAGCCUCGACGGACACUCCAACUGUGGCAGAAGAAAGUUGACGCAAUGGCGGCCUUGCUCUGCACCAACACCGCCGCCGUCGCCCUUCCCCGCCUCCCGCGCCGACGCGCACCCCCGUGCGACGUCGCGCUCACUGCUCCGGUGCCUGCCCGUCUCUCCCUCCGCCGCCGCGGCCUCCCGACUACAGGGCUGCGCUGCGCCGGCACGGAAGUGGGGGUUACGGAUGCAAUAAGGGUCGCUGCGGCCGCGCCGUUCGGGCAUAGCUUGGUGGCGGUGGACAGUGCCGGUGACGACGAGGCUGCCAACAAGUUGGGCUUCAAGGAGACGGCUAUGUAUGUCAUAUAUGCCACCGGUGCUUUCUUUGCCGGAUGGCUUUUGUCCGCUGUUGUUUCUGCAAUUGACUCCAUUCCCUUGCUCCCAAGGAUACUGGAGAUGGUGGGUCUCGGAUACACGGUUUGGUUCAGCUCGCGGUAUCUUCUUUUCAAGAAAAACAGAGAGGAAUUGUUUGCCAAAGCUUAUGAUCUUAAAAUGAGAAUUGUUGGAUCCGGCGAUGCAUGAUGUCUUCGCAUAUGAUUGGGCGGCUGAGUGUAAUUUCUCUCUCGUAUUGGGAGAAAUGCUAAGUUGUGUGUUCCAAUAAUAUGCUUACUGAAUUUGUGAUGUAGUGUCCGUACUGUUUGAACUAUUGGGAGAGAAUGUAUGCCGUAUUUUUUAGAGAAAAAUGUGGUGUAUGUGAUAGCUGGAAUAAGCAAGUAAGGCCCAUGUAGGACAUGGCUAGGCCAAAUGCAUCCAACAUUGCCUCUUUUAUGCAGAGCGAACAUGAAAGCUUAUGGGAGAUUGGUAUGA